GAGCCUUGCGGCCGCACUGACAAAAAAAAAAAAAGAAAACCCGAAUGGCUGGAGCGCGAUCCGCUGCCAGCAGCGCUUUUGGGCAGAGCGCGGAUUUGACAGCUCGACGACGUGAGGAUAUCCGCUGACCCCGCGAGGCCGAGAGCACUUCCCCGAGACUCCCCGUGCCGCGAGGCUGGCGCUGGGCGGACUGCGACUUCCCAACUUUUCUUGUUUUUUCCAUCUCCGACCCGAAGAGCGCCCCGUGGGUGAAGGAGAAGGGUGAACAGGGUGCUCGGUCUUGCAGAUCGGUUCUGGUUCCCAGCGCCCCGCAGACGUCGUGUUCUCAUGACGGCUGCGUCUCGCCCCCGGUUUUAGCCGCACGUGCCCCAUGUAAGGGCUGCGGGGCGCUUUUGGAGGGGGUGGCAUGCCGAAAGGGGACUGAAGACCGUCCAGGCAGAAGCCCCGAUUGCCAUGGCUGAAGGGGAGAAUGAAGUGAGGUGGGACGGACUGUGCAGCCGAGAUCCCGCUGCCCGAGAGACGGCCCUGGAGAACAUUAGGCAAAUGGUUUUGCGAAAGACCGAGUGUCUGCGUUCGCUGGGGGGGCCACCUUCCCGUCCACCCGACGGGCAUUCGGACGCCGCCUCUGUGGACGGGCUGAAUAAGCUGCUCGCUCGUCUGCUGAUGCUUUCCAAAAGGUGUCCCUUUAAAGACGUGAGAGAGAAGAGUGAGUUUAUCCUGAAGAGCGCCCAGGAACUUGGAAUUAGAAUUCCUCGACCCCUAGGACACGGACCAAGCAGAUUCAUCCCAGAAAAGGAGAUUCUCCAAGUGGGGAGUGAAGACGCACAGAUGCAUGCUUUAUUUGCAGAUUCUUUUGCUGCUUUGGGUCGUUUGGAUAACAUCACAUUAGUGAUGGUUUUCCACCCGCAAUAUUUAGAAAGUUUCUUAAAAACUCAACACUAUCUACUGCAAAUGGAUGGGCCAUUACCCCUACAUUAUCGGCACUACAUUGGAAUAAUGGCUGCAGCAAGACAUCGGUGCUCCUACCUAGUGAACCUGCACGUGAGCGACUUCCUUCACGUUGGUGGGGACCCCAAGUGGCUCAAUGGCUUAGAGAAUGCUCCUCCCAAACUGCAGAACUUAGGAGAACUCAACAAAGUAUUAGCCCAUAGACCCUGGCUUAUUACCAAAGAGCACAUUGAGGGACUUUUAAAAGCUGAGGAGCACAGCUGGUCCCUUGCAGAACUGGUCCACGCGGUGGUUCUGCUCACACACUACCAUUCUCUUGCCUCAUUCACAUUUGGCUGUGGAAUCAGUCCAGAAAUUCAUUGUGAUGGUGGCCACACAUUCAGACCUCCUUCUGUGAGUAACUACUGCAUCUGUGACAUUACAAAUGGCAAUCACAGUGUGGAUGAGACGCAGGUCAACUCAGCAGGAAAUGUGUCGGUAAGUGAUUCCUUCUUUGAGGUGGAGGCCCUCAUGGAAAAGAUGAAGCAGUUACAGGAAUGCAGAGAUGAAGAAGAGGCAAGCCAAGAAGAGAUGGCUUCACGUUUUGAAAUAGAAAAGAGAGAGAGCAUGCUGGUCCUCUCUUCAGAUGAUGAAGAAGUUGCACCAGCAAGAGAUGUAUCUCGUCACUUUGAGGAUACUAGUUAUGGCUAUAAAGAUUUCUCUCGACAUGGGAUGCAUGUUCCAACAUUUCGAGUCCAGGACUAUUGCUGGGAAGACCACGGCUAUUCUUUGGUAAAUCGCCUUUAUCCUGAUGUGGGACAGUUGAUUGAUGAAAAAUUUCACAUCGCUUACAAUCUUACUUAUAACACAAUGGCAAUGCACAAAGAUGUUGAUACCUCAAUGCUUAGACGGGCUAUUUGGAACUAUAUUCACUGCAUGUUUGGCAUAAGGUAUGAUGACUAUGACUAUGGUGAAAUUAACCAGCUUUUGGAUCGUAGCUUUAAAGUUUAUAUCAAAACUGUCGUUUGCACUCCUGAAAAGGUUACCAAAAGAAUGUAUGACAGCUUCUGGAGGCAGUUCAAGCACUCUGAGAAGGUUCAUGUUAAUCUGCUUCUUAUAGAAGCUCGGAUGCAAGCAGAACUCCUUUAUGCUCUGAGAGCCAUUACUCGCUAUAUGACCUGAUGCCUUUCCUCCCCUGAAGACGACUGGGGAGUGAUCAGCGGAUAUAGUCUACAAGGGGAAGGUACCAUGCCCCAGGACCAAUGGUAGAUCAAAAGAAUUCAGAAAUCCAUUGUGCCACGAUUCCUUUAGUUUCUGCUAUUUUACUGUGGAAAUACCACUGCUGGCACGAGCAGUGUGUGCCUGGCAGCUUCAAGUGUAGAGCUGUGAAGAGGAGCUGCCGUCCAGUGUUUCUGCUUCUUGACAGUGCAAGAUGCUGUGCAGCUGUUAAAGCGGCAGACAGUAACUCCAAAUCCUGUCGCUUCUGUGUUAAAUAAGAUAACAAAUGGAGCAUGCAAAGAAUGGGACUUGGAUAAGGACUCGAGCUUUAUACAAAGAAUUCUAGAAGAUUUGGUGCUGCUACUCUGGCUGGUGGAAUGAACAGAUGGCUGUUCCAGUUAAGCUAUUAGUAAUAGACGUGAACACUGCUACUAUCUGAGCCUUCAUACAUAAUUUGUGUGGUUUCAAAUUAAACUUGCAUACAUGUUAAUUUUUUUGCAUCUAAAAAAUGCAUAGAAUUAUUACUCACAGCUCAGCAAAGACCGUUUUGAUGGUAACAGUUAAUUUCUCUGUCUAUAGUUUUUUUUUUUUAAACUCAGUUAUUGACUGAUAACUACAUUACAGUGGCAUUCUUUAAGAUUGCUUUUUGAGAAAAAAAUGAAAGUAUGCACAUUAUCAGAAAAACUGGCUAUCUUUUGAUACGCUGUUCCACGAGGUUCUCCGACACUGGGGGCAGUGUCCCCUCGCGGCAGCGUUGCCGCGGACUGCUGUGCAGCCCCAGGGCGCGCCACCCCGUGCUCCCCACUUUAAAGGGCGUGCAGCUCCUGAAAUAAUAAAGCUGGAAAAUGUUUUUAGUCAGGUUAUCAAACUUGAUUUACAAAAAAAGCUAACUUUGUUUGGAAUACAGGUUUGGAAAAAAAAUGUAUUAAGAACUUUGUAUUCUGGAAGCGUGAAUUGCUUUUGAAGUCUGUCAGUAUUAUUGGUAUUUUUCAAUAAAGAA